AUGAAUUGUUUCGACUUAAGGUUGGAUCACAAUAACUUCACAGGAGGACUCCCAAACAUAUCACCAAUGGCCGCUAUAAUUGAUUUGUCUUACAACUCUUUCUCAGGAUCAAUUCCACACAGUUGGAUGAACUUGAAAGAACUGGGUGUCCUGGACCUGUGGAGUAAUGGGUUGUCUGGGGAACUUCCAUCAUACUUCUCUAACUUGAAACAGUUGCAAACCAUGAACUUAGGAGAAAAUGAAUUUAAUGGAACCAUAACAAUCUUGAUUUCACCAAACUUUCAAGUGGUCAUAUUGAGAGAAAAUAAAUUUGAAGGCAGUAUUCCCCCACAACUAUUUAAUCUCUCUUAUUUGUUUCACCUAGACCUUGCACAUAUGAAACUUUCAGGAUCUUUGCCACACAACGUCUACAACUUGACUCAUAUGGUUACUUUUCAUGUGGAUUUGUACUACCCUACCACAUUUAAUUUAUUUACCAAAGGUCAAGAUUAUAUGUAUCAAGUCAAUCCAGAUAGACGAACUAUUGACCUUUCAGCUAAUAGCUUGUUUGGAGAAUUGCCACUGGAAUUAUUUCAGCUUGUUCAAGUUCAAACAUUGAACUUAUCUCACAAUAAUUUGACUGGAACAAUACCCCUGCUAAUUGGAGACAUGAAACUUAUGGAAUCUUUGGACUUCUCUAAUAAUAAGUUUUUUGGUGAAAUUCCUCGGAGCAUGUCUAUCUUAACCUUUUUGGAAUAUAUUUGA